CAAUAAUUUAGCAUGAAAUUACCAAAUUGCCAAGGAUGUCCUUGCAGAUCUGAGUCCCAGUACUACCUAUAUAAACCAGGGAAAUACGUAUGUGAGAAAGCAAAGAAUUUUUGAGCCCAGGGUAAACAUCGAGCACAAAAAUCUAUUCGCCUCACAUAUCCUGAGAAGGUUAGCAAAAUCAUCAUAAGAAUUGACCAAUGCAGGAAGGAGCUUGAAGCCUCAGUAUAUCAGAUCCCUCAAAUAAAAAAUAUCGGCUUCUGAGACUAUGGAGAAGACCCACAGGCUCUCCCGAUGAACUCUAGUCAGAGUUUUAGCAAAAAUAUCUGAUCCGACGAAAGCUCAUCUUUACUACCCCAACAGGAAAUAUCAGAACUUAAAAGCCUUGCUUUCUUAAUCAAAGAACAAACCGAAGAAAUGAGCUUUCAUUUGAAACAAGCUGUUACCGACAAGAAGUACUACAUCUUCGCUCAUAUCUUAGCGGAAGCCCUUCAACUAGAACAAAUGAUAAGCAGUGAUAAAAUUUUCAUAAACUACUCACUCCAAAAGACAUGGAAGGAAGCAGAUGACGUCUUGAACGGAAAAACAGAAGAAAGCACAGCUCUAAUGACCAUGAAGGCUAAUCAGAGAUACACUGACUUACUUUCAAAUACUAUAAAACGGAAUAGCCUAAGAAUGAAAUAAAGUAAAACAUGACCAUCAGGAGAAAGUUGAACAACUAGAGAGGGAGAAUAUUAAGCUUUAUGCCCAAUUAAAAAAGCUUGCAAAAAGUGAAAGAAAUCUAAUGAAGAAACUAGACGAAAGAGACCGGGAGAUAACCAAUCUAAAAGAUACAAACAUGAGGUUUAAUCACAAACUCAAUAGAGCACUCAAUGCUAAUGAAGAGCUGCAAAAUAAAGUAUCUGAAUCUGACUACAAACUUCAACAAAAAAGAGAUGAAUUUAUGAAAGACAUAGAGCAAACUAACCAAAUCCAUCAAAACGAAAAGGAACACUUGGAACAAAGAUUGUAUGAGCAAAUCCAACAAACUGAACAUAAAGAUGAAGAGCUUAAAAAUACAAAAGAGAUUAUACCCGUUUUAGAGCAAGAAAACAUGAAUAUGAUAUGAACAAUUGAGAGACUUUCUGCUCAGACAAAAAGCUUGACGAUGGAGGAAUUCAACACUCUCUCCAGAAACAUUACAGGAUCAAAUUACAUGACUCCUUCUUCUAAAAAUCCCUAUCUAAUAUUUGAUUUAGAGCAAGAUAAAGACACAUGCUUAUUAUACUCAAUAGACCAGAGACUUCCAAAUCUUAGCCAACUCUGGUUAAAGUUUAUUCUCUGAGAAAAUGAAGGAUUGAAAACUUUCAUGAAAUACUACUUCCCGAAUAGUGUCGAAAGGUUCAUUUUCGAAGGCGGAUCUGGAAUCUGGGCGAACCUUGAUGAAUAUAUUGGUCUCCUGAUUGACAUCUCCUCCAAAGUUACACAAGAAUUCCAAUUAAGAGAUUUUGAAAUCAGCCAGAGAAAUUUGCAAAGAAUCCUUACAGCCAAUCUUUGAAAAAAGAAAGUAGGAUUCACCAACUGUGUACUGAGUUUGGAUUCAGUCCCAGACUUUAAGGAAACCUUAUUUGGAAGCUUACUAGAGGUAUUAGAUUUAACUGGAUGUCAAACCAAAAGCUCAGGAGACUGGAGUGAUAAUCUAGAAGCUUUGUGUAACUUGGCUAAUGGCCUCUCACAGAUAGAGAACCAAGGAACUGGCAUACUCACAAUCAUUGUAAAAGACUGGGGGUUCUCAAAGCAUGACCUUAAUAUUAUGAAUAAUCAGUAUAAAGCUAACAGUAUCCAAAUAGCCCUCGAGAACCCCAUCCAAGAUUUCCCAACCUCCCCAACAAAGAUAGGCAUCAAGAUCCGCUCCAAGAGACACCCCAAGAGUCUUUCCAAGAACCCCUCCACCAAUUUUCUUCCCAAAAGCCGCAAAUACUAAACUUCCCAUUCAAUCAAUUACCCAUCUAA